AUGGCGCGUGAUCACGACGAAUCAUUUGCACGAUUCAAUUUCCCGGAUCAAAUCGUUAAUUUUCUCCUUGAUGCUCAGGUUGACCCCGAUAACCCGGAUAAAAUUGUUGAAAUCUUGGUCCAACACGGAUUGGCAAAGAUUGCGGAACGAGCGGACAAUUUAGUGACCUUGGAUUUCCAACAAUUGAACGCCGACGAGCCUGUGACCGCGCCUACAGAAUAUGCUGACAGUUCCCCUUUUGGCGGAGAUAAAUCUUCCGUUUCCUCCGAUUUUUUGACCGUAGAAUUCGAACCGGAUUCCGAAACAACUGAGUCACACCAAUCGGCUACCUUUAACAACAACUAUGAGGAAACAGUGACCGAGCAGCCGCUGACGUUUACUUCCGCCGAAAAGGUGCUGUCGGAAUCUUUUGUCCGAUCGCCACCUCGCCCCGGAGGCGCACAGAUACCUGCUGCGAACGAGACACAGCAGCCGCUUCAAUCAACAUCCGGCAAAAACGCGGACCAUUCGCAGCACGCGCCCGGCGGAGCGCACCAGCGGCCGCAAUCAACAUCUGGCUGGGAAAAGAUUCCAAAGGAAGAGGACAGAACGGAACAGGUGCUGUCGGGAUAUUUUGUCCGAUCGCCACCUCGCCCAGGAGGCGCACAGAUACCUGCUGCGAACGAGACACAGCAGCCGCUUCGAUCAACAUCCGGCACAAACGCUGACCAUUCGCUGCGCCGGCCCGGAGGAGCGCACCAGCAGCUCCAAUCGACAUCCGGCUGGGAGAAGAUUACGACGGAAGAGGACGGAACGGAACAAACGGAACAGGUGCUAUCGGGAUAUUCUGUCCGAUCGCUACCUCACCCCGGAAGCGCACAGAUAUCUGCUGCGAUCGAGACACAGCAGCCGAUUCAAUCAACAUCCGGCAAAAACGCGGACCAUUCGCAGCACGCGCCCGGCGGAGCGCACCAGCGGCCGCAAUCAACAUCUGGCUGGGAAAAGAUUCCAAAGGAAGAGGACAGAACGGAACAGGUGCUGUCGGGAUAUUUUGUCCGAUCGCCACCUCGCCCCGGAGGCGCACAGGUAAAGAAGAAGAUUCUCGGUUCUGAGUUGGUUUAUUUAGUUCAUGUACGCUUUUUCCAGAUACCUGCUGCGAACGAGACACAGCAGCCGCUUCGAUCAACAUCCGGCACAAACUCUGACCAUUCGCUGCGCCGGCCCGGAGGAACGCACCAGCAGCUCCAAUCGACAUCCGGCUGGGAGAAGAUUACGACGGAAGAGGACGGAACGGAACAGGUGCUGUCGGGAUAUUUUGUCCGAUCGCUACCUCACCCCGGAAGCGCACAGAUAUCUGCUGCGAACGAGACACAGCAGCCGAUUCAAUCAACAUCCGGCACAAACGCUGACCAUUCGCUGCGCCCGCGUAUUCAAUCAACAUCCCUGCAUCAGCGGCUUCAAUCAACAUCCGGCAAAAACGCGGACCAUUCGCCGCACGCGCCCGGCGGAGCGCACCAGCGGCCGCAAUCAACAUCUGGCUGGGAAAAUAUUCCGAAGGAAGAGGACAGAACGGAACAGGUGCUGUCGGGAUAUUUUGUCCGAUCGCCACCUCGCCCCGGAGGCGCACAGAUACCUGCUGCGAACGAGACACAGCAGCCGCUUCAAUCAACAUCCGGCACAAACUCUGACCAUUCGCUGCGCCGGCACGGAGGAACGCACCAGCAGCUCCAAUCGACAUCCGGCACAAACGCUGAACAUUCGCUGCACGCGCCCGGCGGAGCGCACCAGCAGCCGCAAUCAACAUCCGGCUCAAACGCUGAACAUUCGCUGCUCCGGCCCGGAGACAUACAGAUUUCCACGACCAGCCGGUAUCAGGAGAAAGAGAAUACCGCCAGUCUGGCAAAUGAUCCCCCGAUCGUCGAGCUCACGCCUGAGCGAUUAAAGUCGCUUCUGAAUCAAACCGUUCUUGGUCAAACGAUCACAAAUCUGGCCGGCAAGGGAAGGCUGUCGGAUAACAGACGUAGUGAUUUGUGCGGUAUUGUUGCAGAAUGGCACUUAAAAAACAGGAGCAAAUGUUAUUGCCGCGAUUUGCAGAAAUAUGCAGAGUCGAUUAAGCUAACGUUUAGCAACGAGGAGAAGGACGAUUAUUACUUGCCUCCGGGUGGUAGUAAGAAGAACCCCGGUGGACAGAUUUACAAUAAAAUCAAUACCAUCAAGGCCCGAAACAAGAAGCGAAAGGAAAGCGACGAAGCCCACCUAGCGCAGCAGACAACCGGAAAUAAGAAACGUUGCGAACUCGUCAAUCCGAAGGAGCAGGAGGCCAACAACUGGCUCAAAUUGAAUGCUGAUCCGUGGUCAACGGUUAUCGACUGUUGGAAGGUUAGCUUCAGCUCCCGCGAACAGUUUUUGGGGAAACCUAAAUCGGUCGAGCAACUUAAAGCAACCUUCUACUGGAAAUUUGUCCGCUGCCAGUAUGGCUACCAAUUGAUCGACAUAGAUUACCUAUCUCUGACACUUCAAGCUGAAGACGUGGACCGUUCCCAAAGGUGGAGUAAUACCAUUACUGCGACGAUUUCGUUCGCUGAGAACCGAUCGCUGGACGAGCUCGGUGCUUCGUUGAUCGAAGUACUGAAGAAGAUCGAUGCCAGCGAAGACUUGAAAACUACGUCACUCCUACUGCUGCUUAAUCAUGUUCUGCCACCACAAAAGCUGAAGGUUGGAUUCAAACCAUCUAUAAUCAACGGUCGAGACGACACGAUCAUAUUUGUGAGCAGUGAGGAGGAUCUGAACGACAAGCUCGAAGCAUCGCAGAGGAAGUAUCGAGACUACCAACUCGACGAAGCUCCCAAAGUCGUGUUUUUUGGAUCGGCAACUGAAUUGAGCGGAGAGUUUCGUUUGUACUAUAACGAUAUUUGUUAUAGAUUACCGUCGGCGCGUCGGACGAUUGACGUGUACAUCAAGUUAUGUACCGUGCUAGGCCUACAACACUCUCGCUUCUGCAAGCUGGUGUAUCUUUUUAUAACUGAGUACAUCUACGAGCGGCCGGUAAAGGAGCGGUACGGUUUCAUACAAAAGUUUGUAUCGUAUCUCAACAGCAGCUUUCAACACUAAAGAGGAUGUUUACCUGUUUCAUCUCAGCUUGCGCUGAGAUUUUUCAAUCAGCUGGCGCGUACAUUGAUCAUCUCAAGCAAACUCAUGUCGUUCCACAAAGAUACCAGUUCCGCUGCACUUACAAAAAUUGUAUUAUGGUACUGACGGAUAUGUACCGAUUCCAACGGCAUUUGCUGACCCACAAGGAAAAAAUCAUCCAAGUUAUGAAAGAACCACAAGCAAACAAUACAUCUGACUUAUUUAUAUCACCACCACAAUUAGAGAUCGCUCAACCGACUGACCAGGACGACUACACAUUCGAAAAAUCAUUGCAAAACAUUGACAGAUCAGCAUUAGCAUUCAGUUUAAAGCUACACAACAAAUGUAAUUUAAGCAGAAAUGACGUAAUAUCGGUCCAAGCAGAUUGCCAGACACUCUACAGUCAAAUAGUCAAAGAAGUUGAACAACUUCCAAUGCAUCUCGAUCCCGAUACGCAAUAUAAGUUAAAUGCAUAUCUCCGCAAAAUGGUUAAUCCGUUCGAACUAUUUAAAACUGAUUAUUCUUUCUUUAAACACUUGGAAAAGCAGAACCUUUUCAAACCUCCCACUGUAGCUGUGGUAGAGGGUAAACAAAUUGUAGAGUCAGCAAGCAUGGAACAUAACUUAGAAAUUGAUAGCAACCAACACCUCCUUGCAAUCAUGGACAUACACUUUCAACUUAAAAAAUUUUUCGAAGCGCCCGGAGUUUUUCAGAAAACGAUUGAACAUUUACAUAAACUUGAGCAGUCUAAGAAUAUCAGACAUUUUGUGAACGGAAGUUGUUACCAAAAAGUAAAAAUGGCCUAUCCACAUGAUAUUGUUUUUCCGUUGUCAUUCUACUCGGAUGAAUUUGAGAUUAAUGACACUCUAUCUUCGCACAACAAAAAACACACAAUCUGCGGUUUGUACUACCAAUGUCUAGUCACGCCGGAACAGUUCGCUUCAAAAUUGUGCAACAUUUUUGUAGCUGGAUUUAUAAAAAAAAAUGACCUUAAAACUGUCGGAUUCAACGCGAUGAUAGAAAAAGUUAUAGAAAAGUUUAAGCAAGUGGAAGUAGAAGGUGUACUACUUAGAGUUCAGAACCAGGACAUUUUGGUUAGGUUCCCGCUGUUGUUAGUGCAGGGCGAUAACUUAGGAAUGCACUCGAU